AUGCUCCAUCACCGAUUACAAAUUUCUCGAGAAAAGGCUUUGGAAAAUAUCAAAACUUCCAAAGAAAGAUCAAAACCUACUAUGAUAAACACACGCGGUCUUUACAGUAUAAAGGUCAUCGCAAUUCUCUGCAAUGUCACCCUAGCUGAAUCUGAAAAUCAGUAUGUCAAAAAUAUAGUGAAAGGUCCUGGGAUCUUCUUCGACCCUGUUAGCACACUAAAGAUAAUAAACGACCAAUUUCAUAUUGUAAUUCCCGUAGAGAUCAUUCCCAUACAAAAUCAUAUAAUGGACAUAAAUAAAGUGUUCAAUAACGUUCAGUCUUAUUGUCAGAGAAGCGAAGUAAUUGGUGUUUCGCAAUGUCAUAACUUAUUGCAACCUUUAGAAGCAAUCCUUAAAGAUCUCCAACGUGACUUUAAUGCCGUUUCACAUCUAGUAUCCGAUAAUUACAUUUCGAAAAGAUCCGCAUGGUUUUCCGGAAUAGGCACUGUAUUUAAACACAUAUUCGGUACCUUGACCGAGGAUGAUGCGAAAACCUAUGAAGACGCUAUUAAAACUCUUUAUGAAAAUGAUAAAAAGAUUUCAGGAACAUUGAAGAAAACCGUAAUUGCUUCCCAAUCUGCCAUUUCCAAUAUAAAUCAAUCCUUACAUGAAAUGAACCUUAAUCAAGCAAAAUUGAAUGGUGUCGUCAAACAAUUAGCGUCUUCGGUAUCCAAUAUAACAGAUGCUUUUAAUGAGGCUGCAAAUGCACCACUGCCCAGUGCAGCCAAUCAUGCAAAUGCGAUUCAUCAUGCUCUUGCGCAUGCAAGCGGUCCAAGGACGCAGAAGCUUCAGCUAAGAAAUAGCAAGUUCAAGUCCAAUUUUGUGCUUUGUAUCCAAAAAUAA